UUCCCACCCUUUUUCUUUCUUUGUAUUUUUGUACUUUCUUUUCAUAUCAUGGCUGAAGCUGGCAAUUGGUGUCUCAUUGAGAGUGAUCCUGGUGUCUUUACGGAACUCAUCCAAGGCAUGGGCGUUCGUGGCGUUCAAGUCGAAGAAAUAUGGAGUCUCGACCAGUCCGUCAUGGAAGAUCUCAAUCCAAUGUACGGUUUGAUUUUCUUAUUCAAAUGGCAGAAAAACGAACCAGCACCCGAUGCCCCAACUCCUAAUACCGAUGCCACCGAUCACGUCUUUUUCGCCAAUCAAGUCAUUAACAAUGCUUGCGCCACACAAGCCAUUUUGUCCAUUUUGCUUAAUCGUGACGAUAUCGACCUCGGUACAGAGUUGCGCAAUUUCAAAGAAUUCACAGCCGACUUUCCACCAGAUAUGAAAGGUCUCGCCAUUUCGAAUAGUGAUCUUAUUCGCUCAGUACACAACAGUUUUGCUCGGUCCGACCCGUUUGUGAAUGAAAUGCACGAUCCCCGAUCGGAUAAGGACGAAGAUUUAUUCCAUUUUAUCGCUUAUCUUCCCAUCCAUGGCGCUUUAUACGAAUUAGACGGUCUUAGUCAGGGACCUGUGAAUCUCGGAGCCUGCCAUGACAACGAUUGGAUAUCAAAAGCAAAUGAAGCGAUAUCAAGUCGCAUGGCGCGUUAUGGGUCCGCUGAACUUCAUUUUAGUCUCAUGGCAUUAACCAAGGACCGAUUGGAGAUGUAUGAAGAGCAAAUGGAAGAGUUUGACGCUCUUUUGCUUUCCCUUCCCGGAGACAGUGAAGAUCGAAAACGGUUAAAUGCAGAACGCAACUUCCUUGAGCAUAAACUGCAAUUGGAAAAAGAAAAGCGAGCACGAUGGCAUAGGGAAAACUCGUUAAGGAAGCACAACUUUAUUCCUAUGAUUUACAAUAUGCUGCGGAUUUUGGCGGAGCGGAAGGAGUUGGAACCGUUGGUCAAAGACGCCAAGAAAAAGGCGGCAACAAAACAGCAGCGAUAAAUCAUCCCAUUUGACCCAUCACCAUAAUUCGUGCCUGGAUCACACCAGGAUUCAUUUGUUCGCGGCAAAAAUAUCCUGAAUACGUUUUUUUACUCUGAUUCUAGCGUAGGUUUUAGAAACAAAGUCGCUUGCUUGGAAACCACGUUUUUUUUUUGACAUAUGGAAAACAUAAAAUGAGAGCGAAUUACUUUUCUUGAAGGGCCUCU